CAGCCCCGUGACCCGGCCGCACGUGUCCCGGUCGGGCUCUGCUGCGCUUUGUUCCCGGACGGGCCGUGGGGCGCGCGGGGCUCGGAGCGGGGCCUGAUUGGCCGGGAGCCGGGCGGGGGUGACUGCGCGGGAGGGCUGCGACCGGCCAGGCAGGCUGCCCCCAGGAUCCUGCGGCUCGUGGCUCGGCGGUGUCGGCUCCUCAGCGCAGGGCCCAGCUGGUGGCGGGAGAUGCCCAAACGGGGGAAGAAGGCAGAGGAUGUGGACAGCGCGGACGAGCUCGAGGCCACAGAGCCCGAGGCAAAGAAGAGCAAGAAGGGGGCAGCCAAGGGCCCCAAGGAGAAGGUGGCGGAGAACCCCAUCCUGUACCAUGAUCCGCCCAACAAACUCACUUCCCCCGGUGGGCAGAAGUACACCCUGAAGGUCACGUCGUGGAAUGUGGACGGGCUCCGGGCCUGGGUCAAGAAGAAGGGGCUGGAGUGGGUGCGUGAGGAGGACCCCGACGUGCUGUGCCUGCAGGAGACCAAGUGUGCAGAGAAGCUGCUGCCCCCUGAGAUGCGGGAGAUGCCCGAGUACCCCCACAAGUACUGGGCCUGCGCUGGCGCCAAGGAGGGCUACAGUGGGGUGGCUCUGCUCUGCAAGACUGAGCCACUCAGCAUCACCUACGGCAUCGGUGAGGAGCAGCACGACCAGGAGGGCCGGGUGAUCACGGCCGAAUUCCCCUCGCACUUCCUGGUGACGGCCUAUGUGCCCAACGCGGGCCGGGGGCUGGUGCGGCUGGAGUACCGCCAGCGCUGGGAUGCUGCCUUCCGGGCCUACCUGCGCGGGCUGGAUGCUCGCAAGCCCCUGGUGUUGUGCGGGGACCUCAACGUGGCCCACGCUGAGAUCGACCUGAAGAACCCCAAGGGCAACAAGAAGUCGGCGGGCUUCACGCCCGAGGAGCGCCAGGGCUUUGGGGAGCUGCUGGCGGCCGGCUUCACUGACACCUUCCGCCACCUCUACCCCGAUACGCCCCACGCCUACACCUUCUGGACUUACAUGAUGAAUGCUCGCGCCAAGAACGUGGGCUGGCGCCUCGACUACUUCCUGGUCUCGACACGCCUGCUGGGGGCGCUGUGCGACAGCAAGAUCCGCUCCCAGGCCAUGGGCAGUGACCACUGCCCCAUCACUCUCUACAUGGCCCUGUGAGCGGGGUGGGGGGGGCCGUACAGCCCGAUAUGGUCCCAACACCCCUGUACGGCCCUGGGAGCAGGGUGGCCUAUGCUAUGGCCGUGACACCCAUGUAGCCAUGUGAGCAGCAUGGGGGAGGGUGGGCCAUACAGCCUGAUAUGGCUCUGACAGUCCAUAUGGCCCUGGGAUGGGGAGGUUGCACCAUACAGCCUGCUAUGGUCCUUAUGGCCCUAUAUGGCUCUGCACGGGGAGGCCAUACAGCCUGAUAUGGCCUGAACACUCCUGUAUAGCCCUGUGAGCGAGGGUUGAGGCCAUACAGCUAGGUAUGGGCUCAACACCCCCUCUAUAGCUGUGGGAGUGGGCCCAUACACCUCUCUAUGGCCCUGCAUGAGGUGGGGGGAUCUGCCCCCUCUCUCUAUAGUCUUGUAAGCAGGGUGGCCCGUACACCCCUCUAUGGUUUUGUGAGCAAGAGGGGAUUGGGCCCAUGUGCCCCUAUAUGGCCCUGUGAGACCAGGGAGUAGAGGGAAAGGGCCCCCCACACCAUGAUCAGGGGUGACUUUGCCCCCAAAAUGAGACCUGAUUCAACCCCCCAACUUGUGGGUCCUGGCCCUUUACCAUCCCAGAGACCAGGAGCCCCCAAAUUCAGCCCUGAACCCCCGAACUCACCUAGUGACACUCCAGUCCCAGAGGCCAGGAGCACCCCCCCCACACACAUGAGCAGAGCCCCCUGAACUCAUAUACUCAGGGCCAUCCAAGAAACACCCCCCAUAUACCAGCCUCCCCUCUUGCUGCCCCCCAUCCGAGCCUCCAGAGAAUUUCUCACCCCAGGAGCUAUUUUUUUACCUGUAGAAUUAAGCUGCUGCCUCACCUUGAGACCAGCCCCCCAUUCUCUGUGGGGGGCCACAGAGCUGUGAGGAGCAUUGAUUAAAGGCUUUGAAAGGA